GCCCAUAUUGGGCAAACGACAGUGGCCUUCUUGUCUUUGUGUGAAGCCAUGUUCAGGAACACCUUUCAGUCAGGAUUCCUUUCCAUUCUAUACAGCAUUGGUAAUGAACCACUGCAAUUAUGGUCCUGCCAUGUCGACAAAAACAAUAAAGCGGAAGACGAUAACGACGAGACCAACGAUUCAUCCUCUCAUAUUAAGCGCGUAGUGGACGAUACCAUCAGUUCUACAGUCAUUGAACUGGCGUCCCCCAAUCUAUCCAACACUUACAUCACUUGCCCAGCCUCCCUCAAUCGCACUCUGGGCAUCAAGUUACCUUUCAUUGUACUCCUUGUCAAAAAUGUCAACAAAUAUUUUUCGUUUGAAAUUCAAGUUCUUGACGAUAAAAAUGUCAAGCGACGUUUCCGUGCCUCCAAUUAUCAGAUGACGACCCGCGUCAAACCGUAUAUCACCACGAUGCCGAUGCGGCUGGACCCUGGUUGGAAUCAAGUGACGGUGAACCUUGCCGAUUACGUCAAACGGGCCUACGGAUCCAAUUAUGCAGAAACAUCGCGAGUGACCCUUCAUGCCAAUUGCCGGAUACGAAGGAUCUAUUUCACCGAUCAAUUAUACGCUGAGGAUGAAUUGCCAGCAGAAUUCAAACUAUUCCUUCCUGUAAGUUGAACGCAUUCAUUUGCUUAUCCGUGAAUUACAAUAUGCACAGUGCUUGCAAUAAGCAAUGUCGCGGACAGUCAUAAUUCAUGGUGCCACCCAAUCAAAAUCCUGUCAAAUUUGCCGUUUUCAAAAAAAAAACAACUCGUAUUUUUCUGUUGGUUUAACGGUUGAAGUUCAUUCCACGGAAUGUUUGGCGCACCCAUAAUGGAAUGUUUGGAGUAUCUGUGAAAACCAUACCAUUUAUUCCGCAGCAUAAGCCGAUGUUUAACUGUCGCUUGCUGUUAAAAAUGAUGUCGUGUCGUAAUUUGUUCUUGGACAAUCGGAG